CACUGAAGAAAGUGAUGGAGCAGCUGUGUGAUGAGGCGGAGUUUCUGAUAGACGAUGAACUCCUGAACCUGCUGGCUCCCCUGGAGAAGGAGAAGCAGACCGUUGUGAAGCUGGACUCUCUACUUUGUUCUCUUGGCCUUGAAGAGGAGGAUGUGCCCAAGUUGGCUCAUUUCUUAUUGAAGUACGAACAGCAGCAGAGAGAGCGGACUGAGGAUAUUUGUGUUGAGUUUGAUGAAUACAGCAACAAGGCAGAGGAAGUGGAGACACAUCUGAGCUCUGAACUCAUUCAUCCUAACCAUGUUGUGCCUGCUCUAAAAAGCUUCCUUCAGCAGCACGUGAGGACAAGGGGAGCGAUCAGUCCGCCAACAUCACAGUUUUCAUAUAAAAACCUGGCAUACUUCAGAAGCUUACGGGGAGAGUAUGGGCAAUAUCAUCUCUGACGACAAAGUGAAACCUUUGGACGACACAGAACUCAAUAAACAGUACCAGUAAUUAACAGCUUCACACACACACA